CAGCCGGUGAAGACAGAGCAAACGCAAGAUUUUAGUUGCCCAACGUUAUCAUCGAAGUAGGUAGAGAGAUUCAAGUGUAAAAAGGAAGCAUCAGAGUUUUAACUUGGUAAUAUUAAACUGAUGCAAAGGAUUUAUGGCUAGAAGAUCCCCACCAGGUGGCGUCCCCCGCUGGGUGGACCUGCUAUGAAAUGUGUUAGAACAACUUUUCCACGAGGCAAACCGCACCCAGAAAGUUCAUUUCAUCCAUACUUAUUGCCAAAUUAAAAUUCUGUAUUUUAUGUUUGAAGUUAUUAACCUCGAGAGGGAGGUUGAUCACGCUAGUAAACACCUUUACUGAAGUAUACAUAUAUAUAUAUAUAUUAUACUCUCUAUAAAAAUCGAGCAAGCCACAAACUAGAAGAAAGCCUGGUAUUGACUCCGAACAUAAUAUUGUAAUGUGAAAUAAUAACUUAAAAUAAUGUGGUAUAAUUUGAUUAAUAAAAUACACAUAAAUGUAUCAUUAGAAGGUUUUUAAGCAACACUUUAACAUUGCUUGAAAACUGGUUGAUUUAAUUGUUAACAUACUGAGUUAAGAUUUCUUCGCACGAUAUAGGAAACCUUAAACAGAAUGAAAAACAUAUCUGACUGCGUUUUUCUAGGUGCAUUUUUUAUCUCGUUUUCACUUUACUGGACGCUACAACAUGUAUUGCUUUUAGAAGCCCGACGACAGAGAGGAUUUCGGGUGCGACGGUGGAAGUUCGGCUACCGAGCGGAACUGAGAGACCAGCAAACUCCAUCUUCCUCAAGUAAAGCUCAGACUGAAACAAUGGAAUCCAAGGGAUGCAAUUUACGUGGUUUCUGUCUACAGCACCGUCGUUGGCUAUUGGAAGGCAUGCUAAAAAUUUCUUGCGCUGUUAUCGGCAUUGCAGGAGAAAUGUUUGCUGCCUUCCCGGAGGGAAAGUUCAGAAAGUUGGAAGACAUUCAGCAUGUUUCCAUGUACUGCAUGUUUGUGCUAUCUGGGAUUGUUGACAUUCUGUGUUACUCCAAUAUUAUUUUUCCAAAAGGAACCAGUAAUUUUGUGUUAGCCCUUGCGUUUGGUGUCGAGACUUUGAUGUUUUUAAACACGGAGACAAAAUCAUCUUUAGAGAAAGAAGUACAUUAUCUCAUGAUUUGUACAGUAAUACUCUGUGUUAUCUCUACUCUUGCAGAAAUGCGCUUCCCCACCCACAUUCCUUUGAAAUUUCUGCGGUCCUAUUUCACUUUGUUGCAAGGAUGCUGGUCAGUUCAAAUGGGAUUCUUACUCAAAAGUGCAUAUUCAUCUACUCCGUAUUUAUGUCAAUGGAUUUCCAGUACAAACAAACCUGAUAAGGUAUGCACCUGGGUGUCUUUGAUGUUUUCGUGGUACGUGGGCGGAACUUUCAUCAUAAUGUCCAUUUUUGCCGCUGUUAUUGUCCUUAUUAAACGUAAGAGCAGGUGUUGGCGUACCACAAGUACUUGGUGUAACGAGUGCUCAGAAGAAGUCGAAACACCCUCGAGGACCCCAGAUGAUUGGGAAGAAAGAGAACCUCUGCAUCCGUGACUAAUAAUGGAAAACAUACAUUUAUUUAAAGAACCGAAGAGAAUGAAAAAUAAAUGUAUUUCUUAUCCUUUUUUAAAGAACAUUCUAUAAUAUUAGUUUUAUUAACCUUCGGCUAGUUAGUUUUAACUGAAAUGUCAUCGUAGUUCUUAUAAUUGUUCUGAUUGUUUUGUGUCAUCUCUGGCUACGUAAUAUAUUUAUGUUUUUCAUAAUGAGUGAAAUUAGCAAAAGUAUUCGUAAUAAAACUCUACACUGUAUGAAAUGGUAAUAUGUUUAUUAUUUCAAAUUUAAGAAAUAUUCCCUAACCAUUCAAAGGUUGUUAGAUUUGUUUUCCCUCGUUCCUUUGUUUAUAUAAAGUUUUCCUACAAAAUUAUCAACUUGCUGUUACUGGAAACACUUUGGUCAUAUCGGUUCAUCCACCUGUUCUUGCAGCUACACUAGAAUGGUGUUGUGACAGCGUACCAGCUUAUAUUAGGUAACAAACCAAAUGAAGACUACAAUGAUUUAUUAUUUAACUUCUGAUUUAUAUCGAUCAGAGCUAGAAAAUAACCCAGUAUUUAAAAAGCUAAAUUAACAUGCCGUUAUUACUUAUAAUGAUUCAGUUGUAUUGAUACACUAGCUGGGUACCCUCGCUGUUAGUGAGGUUCAGUCAACUUAGAAGGUUUCUAACUCAAUCUGUUAAGCUAACAG